AUGGCGGGCGGCUUCCCACUAGCAAAAUGGCAUGCAACUCAUCUCGACAUACUCAAGACUGUCACCGACAGCGAAGACCAAGGCUUACCAAUCACAUUCGACGAUUGCGCAACCAAGAUACUCGGACUCAAAUGGCUCCCUCAAGAAGAUACCUUUGCAUUCUCAACACGAAGCUCACGCAAGGAAGGCAGGCUCACAAAACGCCUCGUCUUAUCUGAAGUGGCUCAGAUAUUCGAUCCACUUGGCUUUGCAUCACCCGUCGUGAUCAAGGCCAAAAUUCUCUUGCAGGAGCUGUGGCUGCACAAGCUCCAAUGGGAUGAUCCACUGCCAUCCCAGCUCUCAACCCGGUGGCUCUCCAUCAGAGAAGAACUCACAAGUCUGGCCAGACUCUCAAUACCUCGGUGGCUCAAUACAUGGAGCGACUCGCAAGUGGAACUUCAUGGAUUCUCUGAUGCUUCUCAAUUGGCAAUGGCUGCAGUCAUAUACAUAUCCGUUCACGACUCAAACGGCGCCACGUUCUCACUUGUGUGCUCCAAAACUAAGAUCUCAUGCGUCACGCUGGAAGAUUUUGUCAGGAACAGGGUGGCUCAAAUUCAAGAACUCACUCCAGCUGCUCACUGGAGAUACAUACCUGGAACUUCUAAUCCGGCUGAUUGCGCAUCACGAGGCCUCACGACUGCUCAGCUUCAAAACCACGCACUUUGGUGGACGGGACCACCAUGGAUACUCAGCCCAGACUCAUGGCCGUCGCAACCUGCACUCUCUGAAGAAUUGAGUGCAACCGAAGCUCGCCCAGGCGUUUCGCUAUUGACGAUUCGUCUCACGGUUGAGGAAAGUCCACGACUCAUUGCCUGUCAGACACAUCUCUCCAGAGAUCUUGGAGAAAGCGAGUCUCUUCUGGAUUCAGGCAACUCAAGCAACGUACUUCUCGCACGAGCUCAAGGCAUUACAGGCAGACUCACCGCAAAGGCGCACGCAUUCAACAGAUUAACUGCGUACAUCGAUGCUCAAGGAGUCAUUCGCGUCGGCGGACGACUCGCUCACGCAGCUCUCUCACUCGACGCGACACAUCCUGUAAUACUGCCUCGUCACUCUCAGCUGUCGUCAUUGAUCAUCGCUCACGCUCAUCAACGGACUCUACAUGGAGGCACGCAGCUUACACUGUCAUACAUCCGACAACAAUACUGGAUUCUCGGCGGGAGGGCUCCUGUCAAGUCUCACAUCCUGCGGUGUGUCACGUGUGCUCGUCAGAGGGGGAUCCGUGCUCAUCAAUUGAUGGGCCAACUACCUCUCUCUCGGGUUACGCAGGCACGACCGUUUACUCAUACAGGUGUGGACUACGCAGGGCCGCUCACCGUCAAAACAUGGAAGGGAAGAGGUGCCAAAACAACUAAAGGCUGGAUUUGCGUUUUUGUCUGCUUCUCAACCUCAGCAGUACACCUCGAGGCGGUCAGUGAUUACUCAACGGAGGGAUUCAUUGCCGCCUAUCGACGCUUCUCAUCCAGACGCGGCAUUGCUCACACCUUACACUUCGACUGCGGCACCAAUUUCAUCGGCGCGGAUGCAGCUCUCAAAAGGCUGUUUAUCCAGAGCACUCAAGAACAUCAGCGAGUUUCUCACCUGCUCUCGCAAGAUAACACCCGAUGGGAAUUUAAUCCCCCAGCGACACCUCACAUGGGAGGAAAAUGGGAGGCCGUCGUAAAAUCCAUAAAAUAUCAUCUACGGCGAACCAUUGGAGAAAACGUGCUCACCUUUGAGGAGCUCACAACAUUGCUCACUCAAAUUGAGCUCACUCAAUCCUCAACUCGCGGCCUCUCGAACCAUUGA